GUUUGACAACAUUCGCCGUCUUUCUUGCAGAAAACAAACAUGUAAUUUAUAUUCAGACACUGAGGAUCGUGUCCGGUACGACGCAGACCACUUUGAGGACAGUGUAGACUGUCUAUUGGUGACAUUAAUAUCAAGAGAAGAAAUAAAAACAAAAAAAGAAACGGCCAAUUGGCUGAUGGACGUCUUGUCGUGCGUUUUCGCUGUGCUAUCAUCUCGCUGUUCUGCUUCGUCGUUGGAAAGGAGUAUGGACAUGUGGCUAAUGUGGAGUUUUCUGUAAGUCAUAGUCCACUUUUUUCCCGUUUAAUAGUCUAUCGUGUGCUCCGACGGAGAGCUGAGGUCGCAGGCCCUGUACUCUGUUUGUGUUUUCCGCUCCGAAACGUAACGUUACCGUUAGCGGGGUUUGUUGGGCUCGCAGUUCGCUAACAGGUCCGAGUAACGUUACGGUAAGAGUUUGCACGGCGCGCGCGUAACGUUACGAUGAGUUUCUUUAGUUUUGGACAAAGUGCAGAAAUCGAUGUGGUCCUGAAUGACGCUGAAACGAGGAAGAAGGCGGAACACAAGACUGAAGAUGGAAAGAAGGAUAAAUACUUUCUUUUCUAUGACGGCGAAACUGUCAGCGGAAAGGUGAACGUCACACUGAAGAACCCCGGGAAGAGGCUGGAGCACCAAGGGAUCAAAAUUGAAUUUGUUGGCCAGAUAGAGCUCUAUUACGACAGAGGAAACCAUCAUGAGUUUGUGUCUCUGGUGAAAGAUCUUGCAAGACCCGGCGAAAUAACUCAGUCGCAGACUUUCGACUUUGAGUUCACUCAUGUUGAAAAACCUUACGAGUCUUACACAGGCCAGAAUGUCAAGCUAAGAUAUUUCCUUCGUGCCACGGUGAUCAGAAGAUUAAAUGACAUCAGUAAAGAGAUGGACAUUGUUGUCCACACCUUGAGCACGUACCCUGAGCUCAACUCCUCCAUUAAAAUGGAAGUGGGAAUUGAAGAUUGUCUCCACAUUGAGUUUGAGUACAACAAAUCCAAGUACCAUCUGAAAGAUGUAAUUGUUGGAAAAAUCUAUUUCCUUCUGGUGAGGAUCAAGAUCAAGCACAUGGAGAUCGACAUCAUCAAACGCGAGACAACGGGCACCGGCCCAAGUGUAUACCAUGAAAAUGACACUAUUGCCAAGUACGAGAUCAUGGACGGAGCUCCUGUCAGGGGAGAGUCCAUUCCCAUCCGGUUAUUUCUGGCUGGUUACGAUCUGACUCCCACCAUGCGAGACAUCAAUAAGAAGUUCUCAGUGCGCUACUACCUGAACUUGGUGCUGAUCGACGAGGAGGAGAGACGCUACUUCAAACAACAGGAAAUCACACUGUGGAGGAAAGGGGACGUGGUGAGGAAGAGCAUGUCCCACCAGGCCGCCAUCGCCUCGCAGAGGUUCGAGGGCUCGGCUGCUUCAGAGAGCGCGCUGGAACAGGCUGCGAAGGAGGAGAGCGGGUAGAGCCGCAGCCCCUCCAGUCUCCUCUUUCAAGACUCAUCAGCGUCUGCAGCGGAGCGUCGGAAGGUACCUGUCAACCGUACAACAUCUGGUGAAGCAGCUGUUUUUACUUGUAGCCGCUGCUGGGAGGAAGAAGGGAGGUCGACAUGCAGUAAUUCAGUAUGUGAACAAACAGUUUGCAUGAGGCAUUCAUAGUGGCUUCAGGCAGCUGGUCUUGUCCUUCCUCAUUAAUGUAUUUUUUUUUUUUCCUUCAUGGGAAUCAAACUAAUCACCUGUCGCAAUGUCCACCAUGUAAAAUCGUUUAUGUGAAACUGUUGAAUUUUUAAGCCUUCUGUUGGUUACAUUGUAAUGAAAAAUUGAUUUCUAAUCUCUAAAUUGUCGUGAGAUUUCGACAAAAUGCAUCUCCAACAUUCCACCUUAAGUGAACGCAUUCCUAACACUGUAAACAAGGUCAGGAAGUCUGAGAUAACUUUGCACUGCUGAACACAUUUUCCUCUUUGUGUUUCUGUAUGUUUGCACAAAAAAAAAAAAAAAAAAUCUGGAAACUGGAACCUUUUUCUCUUUUUUUU